CAUGCCUACAGUAUCCAGCGCUAAGGUGAAACUAUUCACGUAGGACUAGGUCCUAGCGGGUAGAGUGAGUGUCGCUCUCUACCUGGCAGCUGCUCACAGACGCUGAGGGUGCAUAUUGAACAGAGUGCUGUCUUCACCCAGCUGGAGGACGUGGUGGAAGAGUGUUGUGCUGCUGCUGCUGGUGGUCCUUGUGACGCCUGUCUGUUGCCAAGGCGACAACUUCAUGGGCGGCUUCAUGACGUAUAGUCUGGCGGACUCGCCACCGUCAACAUACAGCUUUACAAUAACUGCCAUAACAUCCUGGAGGCUCGGUUAUGGCCCUUGCGGCGUCAACUACACAACAGCAGACGUGCGCAGCAGCAUCAACAUAACCAGAUCAGAUGUGAUGAACGUCACUGGCGACGACUACUACGGCAGGUGGUACCAAGCUACGAGCUAUUCCAGUACCAGUACGACCGACAUAACGGAACAUGUCUCCGGUAUGUUUGAUGGUCACGUGCUGGGUAUCGAUCAGAGGCUUCAGUAGGAGCAAGACAUUGGCAGCUUUGACCUGGACAUAGAUCGGAAAGACUUGUGGAGCGAUAUCAGUUUCCAGGGAGAUUACUGGAGGGAUGUUGAUUACGAGGAUGGGACAGAUGUACCGUAUCGGCUGCAGGUGAACCUGACCUCCCUCGCAAGGAGUGACACAGGUGUCCCCAACAACGGCCCCGUGGUGAUGUUCCAGCCGGUGUACAGAGUACCACUGAACAACAUCACAACAUUCCGCCUGGCAACCUACGACAGCGAUGGCGACUUCGUUCACUGCGAACUUUCUACAGGAAUACUAAAACCCAUUCCAAAUAUUACAGUCAAUGCUGACUGUACCGUCCGGGUGUCUGCGAUGGAGUCUGACGGGUUUAUCGACGGUGGAUGGGGCGUGGUGACUGUGUCCGUGAGCGACUUUAACCGACGACCUAUAGUUCUACACAACAACCUGUUGAACAUCUCAAAUGACCAUCCUGUUGGAGGUUUCGGAAUCUCAGCUGUACCACUCCAGUUCCUGAUCCAGACAGUGCGUGUAUUGGAUGGUCCUGAGUUUGUCGACCCGACAUUUACCGAUGGCCAUGAGUUCAGUGUGACUGUAGGAUCAGAACUGGAAAUACCGCUGUAUGCAGCUUCACCUUUUGGCGUUGAAGUCUUCAUUGUAAGAUCAAUCCCCUACCGUGAGUUUGUUGUGGCCACGCCAGACGUUGACGUUGCCAGAGUCAAUGACAGCGUGAGUUAUGCCAAAGCGACGUGGACACCACAAACUGACGACGUCGGUGUCCACGUCAUUGGUGUCACCGUGAUGGACAGCCGCGGGCAGGCUGGUCGGGACAGACACUAUAUAAUUACUGUAAAAGACUUCCCUAUGAAUGUUAUACCUCAUCAGCCACGCCCCUACUUCGUGUACACGCCCGUGGACUCCGCCGUGAGCUGUGUACAAGGCAGCACGUGCACCUUCUCCCUCUACACAGCAACUAAUGAUGGCAGCAGGUCGAUCCAGAAGGUGGCAGUGGCGUACAGUACCCUGUCAGGGGACCUGGAGGUUACCAACGUGACCAGGGCAGUACACCAGGGCAGGAGGGUCUUCAGAGCAGCCGUGACUGUCACCUCGUCUCUCACAGGACCCCAGAUUGCCUGCUUCAAGGCUGUGGAUGAUGGCGGUGACGAGUCACACACUGAAUGUAUCGGGGUUACCAUGCUCCCUCCAGAUCCAUGUCUCGCCGAACCGUGUGGGCUGAAUGAAUGUCAGAGUGAAGGCUCCUCCUAUCGGUGUAUCUGCCCCACCGGAUUUACAGGGGUGCACUGUGAAACAGCGUUGCAUGAGUGUGUCAGCAGCCCCUGUGUGCACGGCACGUGCAGGACUAACCCCCUCAUCCCCGGCCGCUACCAGUGCAUAUGUACCCCACCCUGGAGCGGGGAUAACUGCCAGAUAGACACAGGUACGACAGAACAGUCAGUCAACCCAACGGCGACAGCACAGACGAUGUCCACGAAACCAUCACCGACGUCAUCCGCUAAUACCUGCCGUGACGCUAGCAACGUUGACUGCAGCAUUCUGGACGCCGAGGCCGGAAUCUGUGCUCUGGGAAACAACCUCACCCACACGUUUUGUCCCCGGUACUGCAGAGUCUGCGAAGACGUUACCCUGGCGUGUGAAGACAGUGUGUUUGUUAACUGCCCGGGCCUGGACAAGACGUCAGGGAUCUGUGGGGCCAAGUCUCCAAUGGCCACUCUCUACUGCCCUCGCUAUUGUAGAUACUGCACAGUGCCGCCUACAACGACGCUCCGUCCAACCACAACAGUCAAACCAACCUUGUGUACGGUGUGCAAGGGGGUGGGCUGUCUCGUGGUCCGCGAGGUAGUUGCCUGUCCUCCGUCACAGCCCUACUGCCUGACUCUUGUCACCAACAUGGACACCGGGGCCACGUCUUACACUAAGUCUUGCGCCAACAGGACGGAGUGCCAAGCCUACCAGUCUCCCCCGACACCUCACCAGCGUGACUGCAGCACAUUCAGUCCCAUGGUGAAGUACUACGAGGCCUUCUCCUGCUCCUACUGCUGUGUCUCCGACCACUGCAACGCUGGGGGGAUACACCAUACCCAGGAGAGAUACCCUCCUCACGGACACAUCGCCGGGCAUCAUCGGAUAGCAUGACACAGGACAACCCUAUACUGACGAGGCAGCAUUAAAACAGCCCGCAUCAUUGGCUUACUCAUUUGCUUCAUUAAUUAAAC